AUGCAAAAUCAAGGUUAUAGUAGUCUACCACCUCCUAUUCCUAUUCGACCGGGAGAGACAACAUACGGGAGUUGUAUGGAAAAUCAUUGCGACUGUUCUUCCAUCGUUCAUAAUGAAACGGAUCCAGAAAGAUGCUUGAAUUGUAACCACGAUAAAGUAAUGCACACAAAUUUGCAAAUUGAGAAAUUAUCAUUAAAUGAUAACAUAAAUCACAUGAAUUACGGGCGUUGUACGGAUUUUAAUUGCGACUGCCUAGACAUGAUCCCGGAUGAACACAAUCCUUUAAUCUGCUGUCGAUGUAAUCAUGAUCACUUAAAACAUGCAAUUUUACCAUCAAAUGAUAAUGGAAACCAAUUACGAUACGGGAAAUGUAUGGCUUGCGAUUGCAUUUGCAUGAUUUUGAAUGAUCGCGAUCCAACGAAAUGCUUUAUUUGUACACAUGAUCGCGAAAUUCACUUAAAUUAUGAUAAUCAAACGGAUUGCAACAUUAACAUGUAUAGUCUACCUCCGUUACCUCCUCAAGUUCGAGAACAACCACCGCCAAAUACCAUAUGGUUUUAUAAUAGAUAUGAUCCAUAUUAUGAAUUCACAAAUUUCCAACAAGGAUUUCCAAUAAAAGCAAUAAUUCCAUUUCCUCAAUCAGCAGCGCUAGAACUUAAACGUUGGCCAACAAGUGAACAUCUUUUUCAGGCGGCAAAAUUUCAACAUUAUAAAGAAAUUGCUGAUAGAAUACGCCAAUGUGCUACAGCUAGAGAUGCAUUAAAUUUGGCACGAUUAUAUCAAGCUUAUACGGAUCCAAAUUGGCAAUCAAUAAAUGUCAAAGUAAUGGAAUGGGUUGUAAGAUGUAAAUUUGAACAACAUCGUUUCCUUGCAAGGCGUUUAUUGGAAACGGGAGAUAAACGAUUGGUAGAACACACAGAAGUUGAUAAAUUUUGGGGUGAUGGCGGUGAUGGAUCAGGAAAGAACAUGCUUGGAGAGAUUUUAAUGCGCGUUAGACAACAUUUAAAAGAUACUCAAUCAUAUCACGAGAAUAAUGGUUAUAAUCCAUCGAUAGAAAAUAAUCUAAUAUAUCCUAUGUCAUAUCAAUAUGCAUUACCAUCAUCACAAGUUGAUUAA